AUGGAUGAAAUGAUAAUUAACAACAAAUUGAGGAACUCGAGGGACUUGACGAGCGAUAAGCAAACGGAGGACCAGUUGCUGAAAGAGGCCGACUAUUUCGCGUUGGCCUCACACCUACUGUGGACCCUUUGGAGCAUUAAUAACGCCCGCACUUCCAAAAUACAGUUCGGAUACUGGGAGUACGGACUGACGAGACUUACGGCUUAUGGCACCCACAAGAAGCAGGUGUUGAGGAAGUACUCGACCCAUACGUAUAACAACAUCGUAUAGAAGAGCAGCUAAUUAGUAGUUAAUUAGAGAAUAUUUUCUAUAAAAUUGUUGACAAAUGGAUUAUUUUUUAUGAGAAGUUUCUUUUUAUAGAAAUGUUAAACUCUUUGUUAAUGAAAACAAAAAACCAAAUGUACUCAAUAUUACCGAAUCGGUACUUAUUAAUGAUUCAAUUUACUGAUUAUUUUGGAUUUGAAAAAGUUAUGUGACUUUAAUAGUAUUGAUCAAUUGAAGUCAUGUUCAAAUUGUGUUAUUCAUUAAUUAAUUUCAUGUUAUUUUAACUCUCCGUUCAUUGAAAUCAAAUGUUAAUUUAUUUUUUACAUUUAUUUACUCUAUUUUUCAGAUUUAUUUUAUUUUAACUUCAAAUGAGAUAUUUUUGAAUAUUUAUUACUACUUUCCAUUUUAAUUACGAUUGAUUAAGCUCUGUAUUCAUUUAAUUUGAUUAUAUUUUAGCCGAAAGUCAGACAUGAGUGCCUUUACAAUGAAGUUUGAAUCUAAAGUUUAUGUCAAAGCAUUGUAUUUUAUUGUCGAACAAAUAGUGAUUUAAGUAAUGUAUCGAUUAUUUCUAUUCAAAGAUUAAUAAAGUUAAUUCCUGGCAA